AUGGAGUUCCUGGAUGCUGAUGUCGUGGAGGAUCUUAUCCGUACCAAGGAGAGGCUCCUUGGCGAGGGAUCUUACGGCAACGUUUAUCUUGUGACUUACCGCGACGAACUAGCAGCUCUGAAGACAUCAAAAUGUCGACAAAAAAAGGAUAAAGCUUUAGAAAAAUAUUGUUCAAGCUUCCUCAAGGAGGCCAAAAUUCUUCAAGCCCUGAAAGGAGCCGGUGGCGCCCCUGUUCUUCACGGAAUUCAAGACAAUCCUUCUGCAAUGCUCAUGUCCUACAAGGGCAGCCAGAACCUUCUGGACAUCUUACAGGGUUCUACAUACAACCUCCUUGAUGUUGGAAUCCAGAUUGGCAGAAGACGUAUUAUCUUCAUGGAAGGUGAUCCUGAAGACUUUCCUUGGUGUGCUCCAGAGAUCCUUUGCUGGAAACCAUCCACUCCAGCUACUGAUGUUUUCUCAUAUGGUAUAUACACAGCUACGGUUAGUUGUUGUUUAAUGGUAACAAUGGAGUUCCUGGAUGCUGAUGUCGUGGAGGAUCUUAUCCGUACCAAGGAGAGGCUCCUUGGCGAGGGAUCUUACGGCAACGUUUAUCUUGUGACUUACCGCGACGAACUAGCAGCUCUGAAGACAUCAAAAUGUCGACAAAAAAAGGAUAAAGCUUUAGAAAAAUAUUGUUCAAGCUUCCUCAAGGAGGCCAAAAUUCUUCAAGCCCUGAAAGGAGCCGGUGGCGCCCCAGUUCUUCACGGAAUUCAAGACAAUCCUUCUGCAAUGCUCAUGUCCUACAAGGGCAGCCAGAACCUUCUGGACAUCUACAGGAUUGGCAAGAAGUUGCAGGAGAUCCACGAAGCUGGUUAUAUCCAUAACGAUUUAAAGGAGGAUAACAUAAUCAUCGAUGGAUCAGCUGAGGAACCUCAGGUUAGCAUAAUUGACUACGGACUGGCGUGUCCUAAAGGACGUAUUAUCUUCAUGGAAGGUGAUCCUGAAGACUUUCCUUGGUGUGCUCCAGAGAUCCUUUGCUGGAAACCAUCCACUCCAGCUACUGAUGUUUUCUCAUAUGGGUAUGUGAUGUCAUUAGUCCUGAAAGCACUGAAGAGCUGGCCUAAAGGGUUGGAUAACGUAGUCAGUCAGGCUAUGGAUCCUAACCCAAAACAUCGACCAUCACUGCGGGAAUUGUUGCGUCGUAAUUGA